GACGCGCGUGGUGACUCUUCGAGCUGCAGACACUAUCUGACCCGGAGAAAAUGGAGAAUCAAUACCCCCAUCUGAGUUGUUUACUAUGUCAAGAAACUGUCAGAUGUUGGCGAUUAUGAACAUUUAAAUCUGUUUAGGAUAUAACGACGCUUCAAUUGUUUCAUGAAGAAGCAGACGGGAGCUUUUCUGCGCUCUGGGAAACCGAUAUUGUGCACCUUUUGCGCCUUGCUUAUGCUCUGGAGACGCUGAUGUCUUCAUUGGACGCCUUUCAGUCGGAGAUGGUGGAACUCUCUCGGAUUUCCAACGUGGAAACGUAGCAUCCAAUUAAUCAGCGACUGCAACUGUACCCCGUAAGGCGCAGUGGCACUUGGUCCGCUCUCUUCAACACCUACCUUUGGACUCCAAAGUGUGGAAAGACGCAUGGUUUGGUUGCUGCGCCGGACCGAGUAUGAAAAACACACCUGGUGCGGAAUUUCAGUUUUUUUUCUAUCAAGACAUGAACCGAAAUUGAACUCCUUGUAAGGAAUUUGUCAGAUUUGUUGCUUUUGAACGAUCCAUGCAGCGGAUUCGGCUUGGGACACUCAAUGAGUCGCGUUUUCUGUUUUGGAUUUUAAAACCAACAGCCAAUUGAGUUUCAGGUCUGCAUGGGCCAUAUUUAAGCUUUCUUCAUAGGAACUGAGUCUAAGAUGAAGUUAUGGGAUGUUUUGGCCACGUGUUUGUUGCUCCUGAGCUCUGUUGCUACACGGCCUCUCUACCAAAACACUCAGCCAGCCAAGAGGACUUAUUUCUCCAGCAGCUACAGUGAUUCUGCGUCCCUGUCUGUGGAGGACGAAGAGUCAACGUACCAGCGUGAAGACCAUAACCUGCAGGAGAUCUCCAUGGAGGAUCAAUAUGAUAUCGCAGGUCCCUAUCCAGAGCAGUUUGAUGAUGUGAUGGAUUUUAUCGAGGCUACCAUUGGCAGACUCCGGAGAUCAUCGGAGACCGGCGGGAGCACCAAGGGACGGCGGGAGCAGAAGCAGAGAGGAGCAGCAAACACGGGAGGCCUGAGAGGCGAGAAGAGAGGACAUGGCGACAGGAAGCGUGGUCGAGGGCGAGGGGGAAAAGGAGGGAGAGGCGAGAAGGGGAGGGAGAGGGAGAGGGAGAGGAUAUCAGUGCAGACCCGAGGCUGCUUGCUAAAGGAGGUCCAUCUCAAUGUGACAGAUUUGGGGCUGGGAUACCAGACGAAAGAGGAGCUGAUCUUCAGGUACUGCAGUGGCCCCUGUGUGGAGGCGGAGACAAACUAUGACAAGAUUCUCAACAACCUCACACACAACAAGAAGCUGGACAGGGACACGCCCUCUCGCACCUGCUGUCGACCAAUAGCUUUCGAUGAUGACUUAUCUUUCUUGGACCACAAUUUUAUGUAUCACACACUGAAGAAGCAUUCUGCCAGGAAGUGUGCCUGUGUGUGAGGACCUGAAUCAGUGAGAUAAGGAUUGUCUGUAUGGGCUGGUGGGAUCUCUAGUGGAGUGUAUUUUUUGAAGGAGACACAUGGGAGUACAUAAGGCCACCUCUCUCAGUGACAAGAUGGGAGAGGCGAGUCAGAAAGAACAUCUAACUUUACAUUCAACCGUCCAUGCUAAAUCCUUCAUCAUUCUUGACCACUUCGGAGUUUCCGGUCAUACACUUUCAGAAACGUAUGAUAUCUGUACAAAUUUGAGGGAGAAACAAUACUGUUACACUUCCAGAUUUACUAACUGUGCUGUCUAAAGAAAGUGAAGAAAAGUGAAGACUAAGUUGGCUUUUUCUUCUGGAGGAUUUCAUUUUCCCAGGAACAUCAGUUUUCCCUAGGUGUACUCCAGAUGAACACAGAGAUUUCAGGAGUAUAUUCAGCUGCGGUCUAAAUCACUUCCACUCCAUGGUCUGAAUGUUGACAUUUAAAUUCAGAGCCAAGGGAUGACAAAUACCACACAGGAGUUCAGAAAAGACUUUCUGGAACAACGCAUCUAUAUAAAAUCUAAUCAUAUAUAUAUAUAUAUACAUACAUAUAUAUAUAUACACGUGUGUGUAAGAGGUAUAUUUAUUAAGAUGGGAAUUAACUUAUUGUUAUUUAUUUCAAUCCAUUUUAUGAAAGAAAUUGUUGUUUUUUUAUUUAUUUAAAAGCUUUGUUUGUCCAGGAUGGUGCCGAUGUGAAGCAUUUUCUCAAAGUUAGAAUCUCAAUCUAUAAAAGGUGAUCCAGAACUGCUAAACACAACCUAAAAAUACUUAUCUGCUUUACCUAGAUUCCAGGGUUUCUCAAUUCAUGACUCCAAAGCAUCAUAAUUAGCUAUCCAGUUAAGGGAGGGUAGAAAGAGACACAGAGGAGGGGACCAAUAAAAUGUGUGAGGGAUGAAUUGACCUGUUGUUUUUGGAGCAUUUUGAGGGACAGCAUGGUAGAUAUUUCACCUCAACUUUCCGAAUGUGACAAUGCUAAGACAAGGGAAGCUCCAGAUCGGUAUCUCAGCAAAUUACACUUUGCUGCUAUUUAUUUUCAUUGUAGAUUUCCAUUUAAUAAUCUAGAAGAGAUUUAGUGUCCGUCCAAACAGGAGCCACCACAUCUUUCAAUUGAAAUCUAAAAUUAACAGGAGAGUAGUGCUCUCUCUGGGGAUCUGCAGGUGUCUUUGAGGAUCCAUAGUUUGAGUCACAGAAGCUGCUAGAAUGCCUGCCUAUCAGCGUACGUUACCCGAAACCUCACUCUGGCCUUGCACCAAGUCUGAGCAAAGGCUUUGCAGCGGUUACUGUCCCAAUAGGCUUUAAAGUUCACAAGACUGCUUGUGUUUCUGUCUCGUCUCUGACAGACAGGUCUUACUCCCUGAAAGGGGAUUUGAAAGUGAUCCUCUAACACGAGUCUUAACCAAAUAUCCCUGAGGGCAAAGAAAUAUUGGUGAAGGCAGUUUAAGGAAGAUCUAACUGCUGUAGCUGUCAUCGCACAACUGAUGUUAAUAUCUCUAAGACUAGACGUUUGGACAAAAGGAUAUGUUUUGGAAUUACAGAGCAAAGUAGAUGGGUAAGCUCAACACAUGCUUUUUGCAUGUAAUGACUUGUUCAGCCAGGUUUAUUCCCAAACUAUACACAAAUAUACAUCCAGGAAAACAAGAGCAAGGGAAUCGUUUUAAGUGGAACAAAGAGUGCCCUCGUGUAGGUCUUGAUGUUAGCACGGAUUAGGGACCAAGGUAUCUGUGCCCACCCGGCAGCAAGCAAGCCAGCUUUACUGUGUAAUCCCCCGCACACAGAACAAAUCCACUGCAUCAAGCUGAAUUUAGGCCAAACACUACACAAAGAGGGGAAAAAAACUCUAGCUUUUAUCACAGCAUACCUCAUCAAUUGGAUCAUCUUCCCCUUUAACAACUGAUUUGAGCAUAAGCCUUUCCAGAUGAGAAUGUGCAGUUAGGAGACUUCCCAGUAGCCUCAGAGCGCCUCGUUACUCUAUGUUACUAUACGUUAAAGUCUGUAAACUGUGACCACUAGCCCAUCUCCAUGACUGUUUGCUCAACUGUUCCUUGAUGAGAAGUCUUCUGGUUUGGAUGUACAGGUAAACAAUCGAAAGAUAAAGAUGCGAAGGAAUCCUUAGUGUUAAUAUUAGACGAAAGGAUUGGAUUUAUUUUCACUCCUUAUUGUGUCAUCACCUCUGUCAUGUCGUCUCACUUGUUUUGUGUUACAGAACCAAAGCUCUCUGCAAACUUUAUUUUUGUACAAUAUUCAUUUUAUAAC